GAUGAUAACAUUGUUGAUGUUCUAGAUAUUGAGUUAUAUAUUAGUAAAUAUUAAGGCACUAUAAAAGGUUCUAUAGCGCCCUAAUAAAUAUUACUCUGUUUGAUAAGUGUAGAAAUCAUUGAUGAGAAACUAUGUUGUCAAAAUACUAAGUCCUGACAUCUGAAUUGAAUUUUUGGUGAGCAAAAGAACUGAAAAAACGAACUCAUGGUCGUCUGAAAUGGUCCGUAUUGAUUGUUCGGUGAAGUAAUAAACGAUUGAACGAGCGUGACGAAAUUUUGCCAUGGACCAAGAGAGGGCCAUGAAAUUGUACAUGAACGGCGCGACGGCGUUUUUCCUUGAUGUACCGCCGGGCAUGGAAUUCGGCAUCGACAUGAUGUCCUGGGCAACUGGCGAAAAGUUCAAAGGAAUUAAAAUGAUACCACCGGGUAUACACUUUGUUUACUAUAGUGCUACCGAUAAAUAUGGAAACACAGCGCCACGGUGUGGUUUUUUUCACAGUUUUAAAAAAGGCGAGUGCUUUGUGAAGAAAUGGCAUAAGGACAGUGAAGAACUAAUGGAUGUACCCAGAUUAGAACUGAUUAAAUAUAAAACCAAUAUUCUGUAUUAUGAUGACACUCUGGGACCAUAUCCAUAUGAGGAACAAGCAAAGUGGAAUGGUUUGUCUUCACUACUCACUGACAGUUUAAUAAAGAAGUUAUGCCCUGAAACGAAACUGAUCCGUUCAGCAAUGGAGUUAUUCCCAACAUCGAUAAACGAAAACACAAAAAAAAGAAGAAAAUGGGGUCCAAUUAGAAGUGAAACUGAUGUUGGGUAUGAGCGCUUGCCAAAUUUGGUUCCAAAAGAAGAAAGUAAAAUAAGAUAUACCGAACCUCCAGAAUGUCAUUAUCCGCCAGGCUCUUCACUUUCUGAUAUCACUAAACAUUCACUUGAUACUACAUACAUACUCAAUAAAAUGGCUGAAAAUCAUGAUAGUAAAAUAGAUUUACUAGCUGAACUCCAAUUUUCUUAUGUCUGUUUUCUUCUUGGUCUAAGUUAUGAAUCUUUUGAACGAUGGAAGAAAUUAUUUCAGUUGUUUUGCAUGAGUAAAGAUGCAAUAGCUCAAGAUCAAGCUUUGUUUGCAAAAUUUUUUUUAGCAGUACGUUAUCAACUAGAAACAAUACCUGAAGACUUUUUGGUUGACAUUGUUGAGAACAAUAAUGUUAUCUAUAAUGGUCUAAAAGAAUUGUUUAGAACAUUAAAUUUCAGUGAUUUUUUAUUGGAGGAUGAUCUCAAGGAUGGGACAAUUCAAAUAAAGAGAUUCUUACAUCAAAAGUUUGGUUGGGAAUUUACUGGAUUGGAUGAAGAAGAUGAUGAUGAAGCGCCUGUUGUCGUUGCUAUAACUGAAGAUUAAAUGUUUAAGUAUUAAUUAUAAAUUUUCCAUUGUUUAAAUAAUAAAUUAUUUUCUCUGUUUUUCAUA